GCCAAAAUAAUCUGGCCACACUGGUGGUGCUAUCGUGAAACUUCGUCAGCAGCUGUUUUCCUUCGAAACUUCUCCUGCCGCUCACAUUGUUUACAAGUAUUUUUCCAAUCGCUCGUAAUUCUACCAAUUUACAAUGGAUGAUAAUGAAGAUUUGGAUUAUGUGGAGGAAGAUUACUAUGCCACCCUAAAUUUACCUCGUAGUGCUACGCAAGAGGAAAUCAGUAAAGCGUAUCGUAAUUUGAGCAAAAUUUUCCAUCCCGACAAACACGGCAAUGGCGAAAACAAGCAGAAAGCCGAACUCAUGUUCAAUCGGACCAAGAAGGCAUAUGAGGUAUUGUCCGACCCACACCAACGUGCCAUCUAUGACUCGCUCGGCGUUAAAGGUCUCGAAACCGAGGGAUGGGAAAUUGUGCAUCGAACGAAAACACCGAAUGAAAUUCGUGAAGAAUACGAACGGCUAGCUCAAGAACGUGAGGAACGCCGGCUGCAGCAGAAAACGAACCCGAGGGGAAACAUUUCGGUGCAUAUCAAUGCGACCGACUUUUUUAGUCGCUACGAUGAUGAAUACUACGAUACUGGAUUGCUACCGUCGAUCGAGGUAUCCGGCAUGAGUAUGUCCCAAUCGAUCGAGGCUCCAUUAUCGCGAACAGAGAUUGCAACGUUAUCCGGAAGUCUCCACCUGCAGAAUGGCGUGGGUAGUGGGAAUUUCCUGCUCUCCGGGAAAAGGUUGAUCAACAAGGGAUGGUUCGAAGUUGAUUGCGGUGCAGGCAAUGGGCCAGUGUUGGGUGCGAAGGGCUCACGAAACCUAACCAAUAGAAUAUUCCUUACCGGUGGAACAACGUUCCAUUUUCGACCGAACGCUAUCAUACCAGGAUUGAGCGGGACUAUGGCUAUUCAGCUCGAUAAGAACACUUUGGGGUAUCUAACGUAUAAUGCUGGCCUGCAAAGCUCUAUGUCGACUGUCGUGGAAAGGAACAUGGAAAAGUAUCAUUGCAAUCUAACAAUUACGCUGGGUAUUCCUCACUGCUAUAUAGCUGCCGCUUACACGAGAAAACUUUUAGAACAAGGCCUAAAGCUGAGAGUGGCACUAAAAGGUGGAACAUUUGGCUUCUUGUCUGAAUGUGGCGCAGAAAAGAAAGUAUCUAAGUACAGUUCGGUAUCGGCGACCGUAUGCGUUGGUGUUCCAUCCGGUGUGACGCUUAAAAUUAAGGUCGUUCGUUCGACGCAAACGUAUCUGUUUCCCAUCCACCUUUGCGAAGAAAUUAUACCCGCUGCCGUGUUUUACGCUACUGUAACACCGCUGGUAACGUAUUUUGUUCUGAAAAAGAUGCUCUUCGAUCCAAUGAAUGAGGCAACGAAGCAGAAAAACAUUGAACGGGUGAAAGAGACCAACAGUGCUCGGAUGGCGGAAAAGCGAAGGGAGGCAGAAUCGGCCAUUUCCCUGAUGGGUGCAUUGUUUGAGCGCAUUCGCAAAGACGAACUGAAACGGCAAGGUUUGAUUAUCGUGUCUGCAUUGUAUGGCAAAUUUUCGGACGCUGAAAACGUGUCAUUAGAAGAGGCAGACGAUAUGGGUUUUGUGCACCAGAAUCCGCUAGUGAUUGAUGUUCGAAUUCCUUUGCAGUGUUUGGUGAAAGAUUCGCAAUUGACUUUGUAUUCGUCUAGCAAGAGCGAAUUGCCCGGAUUCUAUGAUCCAUGCUUCGGCGAAGAAAAGCAGCUUAAAAUUGAUUACGAGUUCAGAAAUAACUCCUACAGCUCAGUGUUUUCCGACACGGACCCCGUUCGUCUUCCGAUAGUAACGAACGAGGCAGAACAAUAAGCCAAAAACUUUUAAAGGCAUCGAAUGAAGUGAGCAAUAAUGGCAACACGAACAGCUUUGUUUACGAUUAUUUAGUCUCCACGGUAGAGAUAUGGAUUGCGAUUUUUAGUGCGUCGUAGAUACAAAUUUGUUGUUUAACCAAACAGAGAAUAGCAAACGAGCGGCUAAAGCUUACAAGAGUGUUAACCAAAA